UUUAUUAAUAAUGUCCUGUAAUGUUGUCUCUUUAAAUGUUUUCUAUGCUACCAAAUCCAACUAAUUACGUUACCAAGCAAAAGUGAAACCCCGCUGUGUCUGCAUUCCUACUUCCUGGUUUUGCAAGGACCCUCACACGCCUGGGCAGACGCUAGACAACUUCAUCACUUCGGGGCUUAUUGUCCUUGCCCUUGUUUUUAUUCAAAGAUCUUUCAAACUGUACAUCUCCUAGCCUUCAGAAGAGAAAUUAGAAAGCAAGUUUAAAAUGGCCAGAGUCAAGUUUCUGAUGUAAGAAGAAAAGGUUUUCAGGAAAUUUCUGGUGAACCAUGCCUACAUCUACCUACAUCUCUCUUCUCUCACUGAUUUACUGAAUGUGACUUGCAAAUUCUCCAGAAAAUGGAACUAAUCUAAGAGUUCCAGAUCGAAGAGCCUCACAAAGACAUAUUUCAAGUUUCUAAUACAAAAAGUAGAAGUCUUCAGAGAAGCCUUGGACCAAAGUUGAAGCUCUGACAUGCAUGAACAAGUAACUCUACCUAAAAUGAUCAAAGACUGGACAAAAGAACAUGUCAAAAAAUGGGUAACGGAAGAGCUUAAGAUUGAUGAAAAAUAUGGACAAAUUCUGCUCAAUGAAGAAGUGACAGGAUUAGUCCUACAGGAAUUAACUAAGAAGGAUCUUAAAGAAAUGGGGCUGCCACGGGGCCCAGCACUUUUGAUAAAACGUAUGUAUAACAAGUUGAAUACUAGUUUACCUGAAAGUGACAAUCCUGAUUCCAAACAGUUAGUUAACACAAAAUCCACUGAAAAGGAACAUCAAAAAAAGCCAAAACAGACAAAGAAAGAGGAGAAAGAGUCGAUGUCAUCCAAUACUGAUGGCAAUCUCACAGAGAUUAGGGAUACCAAAGACCAAGAAUCUAUUCUUAAGAAAGAAAAUGCAUUAAGUGAAGUAUCAAAUGCUAUAGACAAGAAAAAGAAUGAACCAAAAACUGAAUACUUGACCUGCAUGCCAUAUCCUUUUGAUAACUUCCAUGACAGCCAACGCUACAUAGAACAUUACAUCCUACAACCUGAAACAGGACCACUCAAUCUCAUUGACCCAAUACAUGAGUUCAAAGCUUUGACAAAUACAGAAAAUGCCACAGAAGAAGACCUUAAGAUGAAGUUUAGCAAUGAAGCCUUCCGAUUUGCAUCAGCUUGUAUGAAUUCACGCACUAAUGGUACCAUUCAUUUUGGAGUCAAAGACAAACCCCACGGAGAAAUUGUUGGUGUGAAAGUCACUAUUAAGGAGGCCUUCAUUGAUCACUUCAAUCUAAUGAUCAAGAAGUAUUUUAAAGAAAGUGAAAUCAGUAAAGCCAAAAAGUGUAUUCGGGAGCCAAGAUUCGUGGAAGUCCUACUGCAGAACAGUACUCCUUCAGACAGGUUUGUCAUUGAAGUGGAUAUCAUUCCCAAAUACUCUGUGUGCAAAGAAACAUAUUUCUACAUUAAGAUGUACAGUCUGAUAGACAAAACAUGGAAACAAAACCAAGGUCAUUCACUGUUUGUGAGAGAUGGAGCCAGUUCCAAGGAUAUAUUGGCCAAUGUCAAUCAACGGGAUAUAGAUUUUAAAACAUUUUUGAAAAACCUAAAGUCAUGUGUAGCAUUUAGAAAAGAGGCUGAAGAAGAGCACCAAAUGAAAGCAAAAAAGAGAGAAAGUGAGGGACUAAAGCUAGUUAAACUUCUCAUUGGAAACAGAGACUCGCUGGAUAAUUCAUACUACAAUUCAUACAUUCUUGUAACAAAUAAAUGCCAUCCAAAUCAAAUACAGCACUUGGAUUUUCUAAAAGAAAUUAAAUGGUUUGCUGUGUUGGAGUUUGAUCCUGAAUCUAGGAUCAAUGGAGUGGCCAAAGCUUACCAAAAAUGCCGAGUAGCAAACAUGCACUUUCCAAAUCAGUAUGAAGAAAAGACAACCACCAUGAGAGAUAAGAUUUCUACUCUGAAUCUUUAUGAGCAAACCAGCUGGAUCUUCUGUAAUGGUAGAUCAGACCUGCAGGGUGAGACAUAUAAACCUCUAGAACCACAUUUAUGGCAGAGAGAUAGAGCAUCUGAGGUUAGAAACCUGAUUUCAUUUCUCACAAAUAAAAACAUAAUGGCAAGAGGGAAAUUCUUAGUGGUGUUCCUCUUACUCUCUUCAGUGGAAAGCACAGGAGACCCAUUCAUUGAAACUUUCUGUGCUUUCUAUCAAGCUCUCAAAGGAGUGGAAAAUAUGUUGUGUAUCUGCGUCAACUCAAAGAUUUACCAGCGAUGGAAAGAUCUACUACAAGCAAGACUGACAAUCGCAGAUGAAUUAGCAAACCAUAGUAUCUCCACUUUAGAUAUAGAACUGGUAAACAGUACUAUCCUUAAACUAAAAUCGGUGACUCAGUCAUCAACAAAGUUUUUGCCCUCCUAUGGAUCUUCCUCAGUUAUUCUAGAGAAAAAGGAAGAGGAUAUCUUUACCACACUGCAAAUCCUCUCUGAAAAUGAAUGUAAGGACACUGAUAUAGAGAAAGAUGAAUCUAAAUUCCUAGAAUUUAGGCAAUCAAAAGAGGAACACUUUUAUAGAGGUGGCAAAGUAUCCUGGUGGAACUUCUACUUUUCUUCUGAAAAUUAUUCUUCAGCUUUUGUGAAAAGAGACAUGUACGGAGAUCUUCAAGUUUCAAUAAAACACUGUGCAAAUUGUCCUAAACAGGCAUUUGUAAAAGUCAUCAAUCUUUAUCAUCAUCCAGGUUGUGGAGGCACUACCCUGGCUAUGCAUGUUCUCUGGGACCUAAAGCAAAACUACAGAUGUGCUGUAUUAAAAAACAAAGCAACUGAUUUUGCAGAAGUUGGAGAACAAGUGAGCAACUUGAUCACCUAUAAGGCAACUAGCCAUCAGGAUUAUAUUCCUGUGCUUCUACUUGUGGAUGAUUUUGAAGAACAGGAAAAUGUUGACAUUCUACAGAAUGCCAUCAAUUCCGUUUUCAUAGAGAAGGAUUGGCGAUAUGAAAAAACAUUGGUAAUUAUCUUAAACUGCAUGAGGUCCCAGAAUCCAGAUGAAUGUAUUAGAAAAUUACCAAACAGCAUUUCAUUAAAAUAUGCUCUUUCUUCCAAAGAACAAAGAGCUUUUGAGGCCAAGUUAAAAGAAAUUGAAAAGCAACACAAGAACUGUGAAAACUUUUAUUCCUUCAUGAUCAUGAAGAGCAAUUUUGAGGAAGCAUAUAUAGAAAAUGUAGUAAGAAACAUUCUAAAAGAACAGAAUGUUAACAGCAAGGAAGCACAACUUAUUUCUUUCCUGGCUUUACUGAAUUCUUAUGUUACUGAUUCUACAAUUUCAUUGUCACAGUGUGAAAUAUUCUUGGGAAUGAUAUACACUAGUACAAAGGACAAGCCUAUAAGCCUAGAAGACAUGAUGGGAACGUAUUAUACACUUCUAAUAAGCACAGAAGUUGCAGAAUAUGGGAGAUACACAGGUGUGCGUAUCAUUCACCGUCUGAUUGCCAUUUACUGUCUAAAAGAACUGGAAAAGAGUUAUUGUAUGAAUAAAUGUCAAAUUGCAGUGAACUUGUUAAAUGAGAAUGUGUUCUAUGAUUCUGGAAUAGGAAGAGACAGAUUUCAACAUGAUGUGCAGACUCUUCUGCUUACCCGACAGCGCAAGGAGUAUGGAGCUGAAACAGACACUUUGUUUUCCCCAUUAAUUGAAACUUUGCAGAAUAAAGAAAUUGCAAAGGUCUUGACUACAGGAGCUAAACGAUUCCCACAAAAUGCGUUCAUUUGUCAAGCUCUAGCAAGACAUUUCUACAUUAAAGAGAAGAACUUUAAUGAUGCUCUAUACUGGGCAAAUUUGGCCAAAAGCAGAGCACCGAAAAAUUCCUAUAUCUCAGACACACUUGGUCAGGUUUACAAAAGUGAGAUCAAGUGGUGGUUGGAUGUAAAUAAAAACUGUAGGAACAUUACUAUUAAGGACCUAACACAUUUACUGGAGGCUGCUGAAAAAGCUUCAAGAGCUUUCAAAGAAUCCCAACAGCAAACCGAUAGUAAAGACUAUGAAUCUGAGGCUUGGUCACCACAGAAGCUGCAAAGAAGAUAUAACACGUACAAUACAGCUGGUUUCCUGGGUGAAAUAGAAGUCAGUCUUUAUACGGUCCAGAUUCUUCAGCUCACUCCCUUCUUCCACAGAGAAAACGAAUUGUCUCAAAAAUCUAUGAUACAGUUUUUGUCUGGAAAGGGACAUAUUCCUCCUGAUCCAAAAAAUGAGUAUUAUUUGGCUCUUAGCAAAUUUACAGUCCAUCUACAAAAUUUGCAAUCAGAUUUGACAAAGUGCUUUAAUUUUUUUAGUGACCAUAUGGUUCUCCUGAAAACAAGGUAUAUGCAAAAAGAAAAGGCAGAAUUUGCACUAAGCACAAAAGUCAGUCGUUGUUACAAGAAAUACAUAGAACUUUUCUGCCAUUUGGAUUUGGCUCCAUUGCAAGGCAAAGAGAGUCAGUUACUCCAAGAAGAGAAUUGCAGGAAACGUCUAGAAGCUUUGAGAGCAGAUAGGUUUUCUGGACUCCUUGAAUAUCUUAAUCCAAACCACAAAGAAGCUGCAACCACCAUGGAAAAUAUAGUGAAUGAGUAUGCCUUUUUAUUGCAGCAAAGCCCAACUAAGCGACUGAUAAAAGAGAAACAAAAUUUCAUUUUGGCCAACAUUAUUCUCAGUUGUUUAAAACCCAUUUCCAAGUCCAUCCAACCACUUAAAGUACUAAAAAAACAGCUCCGAGAAGUCCUGCAACUUGUCGGACUUAAUCAUCAACAUCCGGAUCCUUAUUUCUUGGCCUGCCUCCUAUUCUGGCCAGAAAAUCAAGAGCUAGAUCAAGAUUCCAAACUAAUGGAUAAGUAUGUCUUAUCCUUAAAUAAAUCCUUCCGGGGCCAGUACAAACGCAUGUGCAGAUCCAAGCAGGCAAGCACACUUUUCUAUCUGGGGAUCAGGAAGGGUCUCAACAGUCUUGUUCACAAGGCUGAGAUAGAGGAAUACAUUAGUGAAGAAAAAAAAACAAAUUCAUUCUGGCAGAGUGGAGAUGUGUGGAAAACAGAAGCAGUCAAAGGCCUCCUGCGUCGGCUAAGUGGUCAGGCUGAAGGCAAGCUGAUCUCCCUAGAAUAUGGCACCAAGGAAAGAAUAAAAAUACCAGUGACAUCUGUGUAUUCACAUCCACUCCAAGGAGGUAGAAACAUAGAAAACAUCUCUUUCUACCUAGGAUUUUCCAUUGAAGGGCCUCUGGCAUAUGAUAUAGAAGUAAUUUGAGAAGUUAACAAUCGGUGAAAUAUGUUUACUUCUAUUUGUCUAGGAUUAUACUCCCUCUAUCCUGUCAUUUGCAUGACAUUAUUGGCUUAGCUGUAACCACCAACUUCUUUUCAUCUUUCUGAAUGGACUACAAGUCUUUAUAGUAUACAAAAUCUGUUCAUAUCACAGAGUGUGACACACUGUACAGUCAGUCAUUUACUAUUUCUAAUGUGUAUUUUAACAUUAAUUAACUAACAGUUAAUUAAGAAGUUUCAAUUUGUAUCCAGCAG